CAUUAUAUAUAUACACCGUAUCUUCAAUAGGUUAUUCCAAAUUCCAUAUUCCAAAGGCAAAAACAAUUUCAGAGUUUGCCAAAAGAUGGAUUCUCAGAAGACCAUGAAGAGAAGUGAUGAAGAUGUUUAUGUUGGUCUUGCUGUUCAUAGCCAAGUGAUAAAAAUAAAACAGGAAAUUGAGAAAAUCAAACAACCAUCAUUGGAGGCUGAUUUAUAUAUGACAAGACUCAAAGAUGUUAAACGUCUUCGAUCUCGUUCACCUCUUGGAUUAUCAGAAAGAACUAUCCUCCUAACUCACUCUUAGCGAGAGAUUAAUUAGAAUCAUAUAUGUUAGAAUAUAUGAAUUAGUUUAUGUUUUUUUAAUUUCAGUAGUUUAUGUUUCUCUCAUAACUCUCUUGUACAUGGUUUUGCUCCUAAUAGUUAUAACAUAACUAGUAUGGUUUCUUUUCAA